AUUUUUACGGCUUUUUUUGUGACCUUCAAAUCAAGCACUGAGGGCCUGGUUCACUGGUGCUGGCCAUGAGGGCUAGACCAUGGCUCGUCUUGCUGCUGAGGACAUCAGCGCUGGAGUUUCCACCGAAGAAACCGGUCCACACGCGGCGGAGUGCGCUUCGGAGCAUCGGAGCUGUCAUAUUGACGCCGCCGGCCGUAGCGCUGGCUGCACCAGUCACGGCAACGCCCGUUGAGGCGCCGCCGACACCCGCUGUGCCGCGAACGAACGCGACCGCGACGCGAGUGGCCAACGCGACCGCGCCGAGGCCGGCCAACGCCACCGCGACAAGGCCGGCCAAUGCGACGGCAACGCGGCCAGCGAAUGCGACCGCGACGCGGCCAGCCAACGCCACGGCGACGCGCGCCGCCAACGCCACUGCGACGCGGCCAGCGAAUGCGACCGCGGCGCGGGCGGCGAACGCGACCGCCGCGAAGCCCAAAAAAGCUGCAGAUACAAAAAAGAAGAAGAAGAAGCCCCAGCUCGCCAAGGCCAACGUCACCGAGGCCCUGUCCAAGAACAACAUGGUCGUCAAGCGCCAGGAAAGCUUAUUAACGGAAUUCGUCGUCGAUCCCAUAACUGGUGAUGAGUUAAGAGAACUGCGGCUGCCGCCCUGGUGGCCGCGGGCCCUACGGCCACCCCGAGAAUUUUAUAGGAAGGUGCCCAACGCGGAACUGGCGUUAUCCGCCUGCGUGGCCGGUGGUUUAACUGAAGUGGCUAGGGCCGCUGUAUUACAUCCAGUAUUAACACUGAAGAACCGCGUCCAGGCCGGUAAAUCAACCGAUCCGAGGCAGCUGAAGAAUUUAUAUGCGGGCGUCGGGCCCGCUUUGGCCGCCUCUGUGCCGUACGCGGUCACGUAUUACGGCGCGCGCGAGAUUACGAGACGGCUGACGGGCGUACCUUUAGUACCUACCGAUUUAACGCAAUUUAUCGCUACCGUUGGUGUCGCGGAGACCGCCGCCAUUGCGGUAAGAGCGCCGGCUGAUGUUUUGGCAACGCGCGCCCAGGUCUCCCAGCCGGACACUUCCAUACUCCCGUGGUUCCGGAAAGAAUCGAUAGAGGGCCUGGAGUUUGGGAUACAACGAGCGCCGGCCCAGAUCGCCUCCGAAGUACCCUACGUGUUGCUGCGGGUCGGCACGAUCGCUCUGCUCAACAACAUCGCGCCGCUGGACGGUGGCGUCGACGCGCUCACGGCGAGGACCGUGGGCGUGGCCAUCGUCGCGGCGCUCGCGACGACGCCGCUGGACGUCGCUCGGACACGUGUUUUAGCGGGGGACACGCCCGGGGGCAUCCGGGAUGUGCUGGAGACGGUCUCAACCAUAUCGAAGAAGGAGGGGCCGCAGGCACUAUUCCAGGGCGCGGAGUACCGCGUGCUCUACAAUGGGGUGGUGGUGGCCGCGUUCCUACCUUUGCGGGCGCUGUUCUACACGGGCUUGAGGGAUCUGCUGAUCCUGGACGGCGUCUUCGAGUUCGACGGCUUGGGGCCUUUGGGUCAUGUGUCCAAGGUCGUGGGGGAAAUUGUAGCUUAACUCUUGUUGUUGCUUUA